CACUUAAAGAUGCUACGUCUACUGAUCUUUCUGGGAGUGGGUAUCCGUAUCCUGGGCUGCCAAGCAGCCUGCAAUACGUGCGACAUGACCACUGGCGUGUCCUGCGUAUCGGAGACCGAGUUCCAGUUCUGCUCCACGUUGGGCGUGGCCAUUGGAGGCCUGUACAGCUGCCCCACGGACUACUAUUGCACAGCCAGUUCACCUAUUUGCAGUUCCGUGGCAGGCUCCGAAACUUGUACAGGAUGCAAUAGGUGCAGCUCGGAUAAUCGGUUUGCCUGCACCGGUCGCCACACGUUCUCCCUGUGUCUAGGAUUAAGUACACCCAGUGCAUCGAUUAAUGGAAGUUGCGGCUCGAAUUUGGUGUGCAACGUGGAAAACCCCAAUAUCUGCGGCAGUCCCACCUUGUUCGCAGUAACCUGCACUGGAGACAAUCCUCAAAACUGCGAUUCGACGGCCAUCUCAGAUGCCAACGAAUAUUGUCGAUCCAUUAAAACAAACGGAAGAUUUCCCUAUGGCAGAGUUACCUCAACUACCUGCAAACAAUAUGUGAACUGUUUUACUUCUGCUGGCAUAUUCUAUGGCAACGUAUACACUUGUCCCGGAAAUACUUACUUUGACAGUACCUCCCGCCUUUGCACCACCCAAACUCAGGCUAGAUGCUCGGAUACAGUAUCUUGUUUGACUUUAAAUAACCGAUUGUUGCUGUAGAGCUCAAAUUUGAAGGGCUAGGGUAUCUUUAUUGUGGUGUUUAUCAUAGGGCAAUGGGAUCUUAAUCAAAUAAACUAAGUGCAUUAUAAAAGCAAA